AUGUAUAGAAACUCUAAUUAUUCAUUUUAAGAACCAAAACAAAAAGAAAUAGAUUUUUAAGCUGUUGAUAAGCUUUUAGAAUAUACAAAACAAACUCAUUAAAAUUCUUAGAGACACAUAAAAUAACCAGAAUAUGAUGUAAUUGAAAAACAAAGAAAUUGCAGACCCAAUUCAUUAACUUAAAGGAUAUCUCUUUUUGAAUCUAAUUAAUAAUAUAAGAGAGAGAGAUUAUCCUUUUAAGAUAUAGACUUUUGUAAAAUAGUAAUGUUUCUAAUGGCUGCUGAAAUAGAAAGACUUAGAGAAUAAUUAUAAGAUAAUAUAAAUUAAGAACAAUUUAGAAAGAAUUUUGAAGGAAUGUAGUCUUCAAUCAAUUAAUGGAGACUCAAAUUUGAACAAAAGUAAUAUGCUAAUUAAUACAAUAUAGAGAAGAGGAAUGUGAUUAAUUAAGAGAAUAAUUAAUGAAUUUGAAAUAAAUUAAUAAAGAAAAUUAUGAAAAGAAUGCUUCAAUCUUAUAAUUAUAAAUUGAGAAAUUGAAAUAUGAGAUAUAAGAAUCAAAAAUCUCUUAAAAAGAAAAGCAAGAUGAAAUUGAUACUUUAAAUUUAUAGCUAAAAUAAAAAUAAAGUUAAUUAGAUUAGUUUGAUAAUACAAUCAAACAAUUGAAAAAUGAAAUCCAAAAUUUAUAAAAUAAACAUGAUAUUAAAUAUGAUCAAUUUAUUGAUGAACUUAAUAAUGAGAUUGAAAUCUUAUAAUAAAAUUAUAGGAAACUAUACAAUGAUUAUUAAUAAUAUAAACAAUGCCAAAGUUAAAUGUAUGAAUAAUAGACUUAAUUACCCUAUUCCAGAAUUCAAAGUUAAUAAUAAUACAUUCUCUAGGAAAAUUAAGAAAUAAAUAUGCUAAACUUGAUGAUUUAAUAACUUUAAAAAGAAAAUACAAAACUGAAAGAUGAUUUAUUUAAGUAAUCCAGAAGAACUGAAACGUGGUGUUGUUGA